GAGAAAGGAAAGAGGAAGAGCCGGAGGCUCUGGCAGCAGGGAAGAACCCAGGUGCUGAAGCUGCGGACGGAGGGUGGGCAUGGGGAGUGGUGUUCCACUUCUUCCUGGUCAACGUACUCGUGAUGGGGAUGCUCAAGACCUUCGGGAUUUUCUUUGUGGCGUUCCAAGAGGAGGUGGGGGGCUCCUCCGAGCAAGUCAGCUGGAUCGGCUCCAUCAUGUCCUCCCUGCGCUUUUUAGGAGCCCCGCUCGUGGCCGUGGUCUGCAGGAGGCUGGGUGAGCGGCCGACCUCCAUCAUCGGGGGCAUCAUCGGUGCCGGCUUGGUUGGGGGGGGCUGCCUGCUCAGCACCCAGGCCACCAGCGUCCCCUUCCUCUGCGUCUCCAUGGGACUCCUCCUGGGUAUGGGGUUCGCCUGCCUUUACCAGGCAGCUGCGGUGAUGAUGGCCAAGCGCUGCAGGACACGGUUGGCUUUCUCCAACGCCAUCGCCCGCUCUGGGAUGGGGCUGACGUUUCUAAUAGCACCGUUCACUCAACUUCUCAUUGAUUUUUACGGCUGGCAAGGUACUCUCCUAAUUUUUGGAGGCAUCAUGUUAAACCUGGUGCCUUCCAGCAUGCUGCUGCAACCCAGCUGCACCCAGCCGCCUCAGCACCCCUCUGCUACAAGUCGAGGCCAUGGGUCCUUAAUGGCAAAGCAGGAUUCAGAAACCCUCGAUGGAUGCUCAGACGAAAGCGCUCGCAGGGAAAUACAGCUUCGCAGCAUGCAGGACCUUCCCACCGCGGAGGGAGUCGUGAUGCUCCAUGGCAGAGAUGUCUCUGGUCCGGUAAAUACGCCGGCUUUGGAAGGGUUUGAGAAACCCCCCAUGGACAGCUGCUCGCCAGAAAUAGCCACCGAGGCCAAGAGGAGCUUCAAAUCCCUCCCACCGACUGAAAAGGAAAACUCAGAGCCUCUCCUCGACUUCUCUCCACUGAAGGAUCCUGUCUUCUGCAUUUUCACCUGGUCUUUUUUGUUCAGCCACUUGGCCUACUUCGUGCCCAUCUUCCACCUGGUAGCAAGAGCCAGGACGCUGGGCAUAAGCAGCAUGGAUGCCUCUUACCUCAUUUCCGUGGCUGGCAUCACGGAGAUGGUCAGCCAGCUGCUCUCAGGCUGGGUUGCCGACCAGAACUGGACCAAGAAGUAUCACUACCAUGUGGCUUACCUCGUCCUCGCCGGCAUCACCAACCUGCUCUGUCCUCUGGCCACCACCUUCCCGUCGCUCAUGACCUACGCAGUGGCCUUUGCCGUUUUCUGCGGUGGGUUCAUGGCUCUGGUCCUCCCUGUGCUGGUUGAUCUAGUGGGUGUGCAAAAACUCCACAGCUACUUGGGGUUUGCUGCUUUCUUUGCUGGGAUAGCAGCCAUCGGUGGACCUCCCCUAGCAGGGUGGCUGUAUGACUACACACAGACAUAUGUCUGCUCUUUCCUCUUCGCUGGAGCCUGUGCUCUCAUCUCACCUAUUUCUUUCUUCUUUGAGCCUUCGGCCCAGAAACGGAAGCUAAAAAAAGCCAACCCGAACAACGGCCCCACGCUCGGCUGA